AUGACUGUAUCUGCAGUGUAUACCUUGCUCUCAAUACUUGGCAUCUUAUUCUUUGCACAAGUUGCAAAGAUUAUAUAUCGAAUAUUUUUACAUCCUCUCGCCCGAUUCCCUGGCCCCAAGCUGGCCGCAGCCUCGAGUUUAUACUCAACAUACUACAAUCUCGUUAAAGGUGGCCAGUAUACGGAAAUGCUUCCUUGCUUGCAUGAUCUAUAUGGACCGAUCGUCCGAACACACCCAAAUGAGCUCCAUAUCCGCGACAUUGCAGCAUACAAUACUAUAUUUAAAAUGGGAACACCAUUUUCGAAAGACCGCCAGUUCUACGGGUUCCCUUUCGAAGGGUCGCAUUUCAGUAUGACAAAUACGAAGUCCGCUAAGGGCCGCAGAGAUUUACUUCAGCCUCACUUAUCUCAUAAGGCAGUUAAAGAAAUACAGCCAUUGUUAGAGAGGUCACUUGGACGAUUUUUGGAAAUAUUAGAAAGGGCUCGUGACAAUGGAGAAUCUGUAGAUCUUUCAUUGGGCUACCGGUGCGUCACAAUUGAUAUGCUGUUAGGAUAUGCGUUCGGCCAGUCCCGCAAGGCCCUCAACUCCGCAGACUUUGAUUUUCCCCCAGCAAAGUACAUGGAUGACGUUCUUUUCGGAUCGCUGCUGGUGAAGCAUUUUCCAGGAAGCCUAAAAUUGAUUUUUGGUGUCGUUCUCUAUUUGCCGCGCCUUAUCACCAAGAAACUUGUAAUCUCAUCAAUGAUUGAUAUGAAGGAGAGCUGCUGCGGGAUGUUACUGGAGUUGAUUGAUAAACGAAAGCACCACAAACAAUCCCAUUCGACCAUGUUCGAUACCGCUAUCGACCAAGUGAUUUCAGAGUCUCCAAAAGCUCCGACAAUUCAGGACUUAACUGCGGAAGCUUUGGUUCUUCUCUUUGCCGGUGGCGAAGCAACAGCAAUUUCCUUGAUAAAGGGUACCUUUCAUAUGCUGAAAGAUGGCAACGAGUUUCAGAAACUGAAGAAUGAGCUCCACUCCGCAAUGCCCGAUCCACAGACACAGAUUACAAUCGAGGAGUUGGGAAGACUCCCUUACCUUAGAGGGUUGGUUAAAGAGAGCCUCCGUUUCACCCAGGGGGCGCCAGGACGUCUUCCGAGGAUCGUGCCCGACGGUGGAGUGACUCUAUGUGGAGAAUUCAUCCCCGCAAAGACAAUUGUGUCGUCUAGUCAUUAUGUGUACCACUUUGAUCCUCAUGUCUUCAAGGACCCAAUGCAGUUUCGCCCAGAGCGUUGGCUUAAAGACGAGGACCGUGAGCAGCUAGAAAAGCAGCUCCUUUCAUUCUCACGCGGCUCUCGCGCCUGCAUUGGCAUCAAUCUCGCAUAUGCCGAACUGUACCUUGUUUUCGCGCACGUAUUUCGGAGAUUUAACUUCCGCCUCGAUGGCACUACAGAUGACGAGAUGGAGCUCCGAGAUUACUACGCGCCCAUGGCAAAGGGGCAUCUAAAGGUGAUUCCCACUACUUCCGCUGCAGUGGGAGAAACGGAAGAGAGUUGGAAACCUAACAUUGAGUUUGCAGCAAAUUGA